AUGAAUCCAUACCCGUCCUCUGCUGGCGAGGAGCGCUCCGCUCGCGACUCCCCCACCAGCCCGCCCAGCAGCACCAACCUCAGCCAUCGUCCGAGCCCCGUCCAUCCUGGACAGUCUGAGCCGGGAUCUCCACGCCGGGAGACCCCCAUUCCGGAUGAUGCUCAUGGUGCCGAUUUGCCGAUGAACAUGACGGCCUCGGUGAUACUGACUGGUUUGCCCACCGAUGCUCAUCAGGCACUCGCCGACGUUGAAGCUAUCGAUACUGGCAAAGGUAAGGAAAACAUUCCUCCGUUCGAUCCCCAGGAUUCGCUCGACUCACACGAGCUAGUCACUAUUCGCUUCAUUCCGCUGCCCUCGGCGCCGAUUCUAAAGAACAAGGUGUUCAAGAUUAGCGCUUCCCAGAAGUUCGAGACCGUGGUCAAGUUCCUUCGCAAGAAGUUGGACUGCAAGGACACAGACUCGGUCUUUUGCUACGUCAACCAUGUGUUCGCACCGGGCUUGGAUGAGGGUGUCGGCGGCCUGUUCCGAUGUUUCAAGACAGAUGAUCAAUUAAUUGUCGCUUAUUCAAUGACGCCGGCAUUCGGCUGA